CUGAUAAAACCCCAAGGUUCCACGGUACUUCGAACCGGAGAGCAAGUGAAAAAGAUGGAUGGAAGGCGUGGUAGCGCCUACGAUAAUUAUCUAAAUUCGUUCAUUAAGCCGGAGGACAGGCGCUAUCUCCCCAACGACAAGGCAAUUCACCAAUUAGUUCCCUUGAGAUCCGCAGUAGGAACUAUUGUGAUGACACCAUCCCAGUUCAACGAGGCCCCCUUUUCCCCCCUGGGAACGUUCUUCUAUUUUAGUGAGCACAGUGUCGCUAACGAUCCGCUGACCAUGGCUCUUGCCGAGCGCGAAAAGCCAAAUGCAACGAAAACGAUUUCGACCAUUAUCUUCGUAAGCACACGUGAUGGCAAGGGUUUCAGUGUGUCUGGCUACAUCGAGGAGCAGAGCCUGCGCAGUUAUAAGACCGCUGUGGUCAAAAGUCACCCUUGGGCUGAUAUUUUCGCAGGCCGUCGUCGCCUCGAACCAAGUCAGCAGGAUCUGAGCUUCAUCACUUGGAACAAUGGCAAGGUUUAUUACAACGAGUCGGAUAACUACAAAAUUAUCCCGGACGCUGUCAAGGGCUUGUGCUUUUUGUACAAGGGCGAUGGUUCUUUGCUGACUGUUGAAAAGUAUAUAACCGAAGAGCAUCCAUUAUGCACAUUUAUAGAGUCACCGAAACACGGAUCAACUGUCAUAUACGAUCAUCGCAUACGACGAAAGAUGUGAUUGAAAUGAUGCAAAUUCAAAGUGAUUGGUAUAUGAAAGGCUAGUU